CGAAAGACUCCUUCUUUUCCUCUCCUCUCUCUCCGUCUUCCCUCUUUGCUCCAAGAGUUGGAUUUGAUUAGAGAUCUCUGUUUCAGUGCUUCAUUUCGCACCGAUUAAGAUUCUUACUUUUUUCUAUUUCCCUUUCCCAUGGCUUCCGCCGGGAAUCCAAAUCAACCUUCAAACUUCGACAUGCAGAAGUUCUUCAACCCCUCGACAAACCCUUCUUCCCCAAACCCUGGUAAUCCGAACUCGUCACAAUUCCCACCGUCCUCUUAUCCUCCGCCCUCUGGCCCUUUCUCCUACCCACCUCAGACUACUCCAUUCCAUCAUCCACACUACCUCCCUUCUUAUACACAGGAGCAGCUCUCAGGGGUACACCAUCAGAGGCCCAUUUCCUAUGCCACACCUUCUCUCCAGCCACCUCCUCACCUUGCAUCUCCCAAUCCCAACCACGGUGCGAGACUGAUGGCUCUACUGGGUACCAGCGGUCCAUCCAACAUGGAAUCGCCGACUCCUGCAAUGCCGUCGACGUCUGCCCCGUCUUCAGUGGCUAUUGCAUCAGAAUUCCCCUUGCUCACCAACCCUCCCAUCUUGCAUUCGUUGCCGUCUGCGCCGCCGGUCAACAUGGCGGUCUCUCAGCCGUCCCCAAUGAGGUUACCAAGCAGCAAGCUCCCCAAGGGGCGACAUUUGAUUGGCGAACACGUAGUGUAUGAUGUCGGCGUUAGGUUGCAGGGCGAGGUCCAGCCCCAGCUCGAGGUCACCCCAAUCACCAAGUAUGUAUCGGAUCCGGGACUUGUUGUCGGCCGUCAGAUUGCAGUAAACAGGACCUAUAUUUGUUAUGGAUUGAAGUUGGGGGCUAUCAGGGUCCUUAAUAUAAACACUGCCUUGAGAUCUUUGCUUCGAGGUCACACUCAGAGGGUCACAGACAUGGCUUUCUUUGCUGAUGAAGUUCACCUUUUAGCCAGUGCAAGCAUAGAUGGGAGGGUUUUUGUAUGGAAGAUUAAUGAAGGUCCAGAUGAAGAAGAUAAGCCACAGAUUACAGGAAAAAUUGUUAUUGCAAUUCAGAUAAUUGGAGAGGGGGAUUCAGUACAUCCACGAGUCUGUUGGCACUCUCAUAAACAAGAGAUUCUGGUAGUAGGUAUUGGAAAACUUGUGCUGAAAAUUGAUACAACAAAGGUUGUAAAAGGUCAAGUUUUUUCAGCGGAAGAGCCUCUCAGGUGUCCUAUUGAUAGGCUGAUUGAGGGUGUCCAGCUUGUUGGUAAACAUGACGAGGAAGUGACUGAGUUGUCAAUGUGCCAGUGGAUGACCAGCCGCUUAGCUUCUGCAUCAACAGAUGGCACGGUUAAGAUAUGGGAAGACCGUAAGGCACUGCCCCUUGCGGUAUUGAGGCCAUAUGACGGUCAGCCUGUUAACUCGGUUACAUUCUUAACUGCACCUAGCCGCCCUGAUCACAUUAAUCUUAUCACGGCGGGGCCACUUAAUCGGGAAGUGAAGAUAUGGGCUUCAGCAAGCGAAGAAGGUUGGCUGUUACCUAGUGAUGCUGAAUCAUGGCGGUGUACUCAGACAUUGGAGUUAACGAGUUCUGAGGAACCUCGAAUUGAGGAGGCAUUCUUUAAUCAAGUUGUAGCCUUGCCACGUGCAGGCCUCAUUCUUCUUGCAAAUGCCAAGAAAAAUGCUAUUUAUGCCAUACACAUAGAGUAUGGUCCCAACCCGAUCUCAACUCGUCUGAAUUAUAUUGCAGAGUUUACUGUCACAAUGCCUAUUUUGAGUCUUACUGGUACAAGUGACUACAUAUCUGAAGGAGAGCAUGUGGUUCAGGUUUACUGUGUCCAGACACAGGCUAUUCAACAGUAUGCACUGGAUCUUUCUCAAUGCCUGCCACCACCACUAGAGAAUACAGGAUUAGAAAAAACAGAGUCCAGUGCAUCUCGUGCUCUAGAUGCAACUAGUUCAGAUGGAUUGGCUACUUCAGAGCCAUCUAAUCUGGAUACAACUAAUGAGAUGCCUGUAGGAAAUGCUUCACCCAAACCAACUGUAUUAGUGAGCAAUUCUGAGAGUGUACCUGCUGCCAGGUAUCCUGUAAUCUCAGAUUCUGAUGAGGUUCCUAGCUUACAUGAAUUGGUGACAUCAAGUAUUGAAUCUAAACCAAAUGCUUUGCCACCAGCAACUUCUGAUGCCGAUAAUAUCCAUCUUGCGUCACCAACUCUUCCUUUGAGUCCAAGGCUGUCAGGAAAACUAUCUGGUUUUAGAACUCCAUCAAAUAGCUUUGAUCCAGGUCCCCAACUAGGUGAUCGUGGCGGUGACCAGCCAGUUCAUGAUUAUUCAGUUGAUAGGAGAGUAGACAAUGUUCUUACACACUUACCAGAUAUUCCUUCCUUGGAUGGAAGCUCUAGGAAAGAUGAAAGCAAAGUUACACCUGUGAUAUUCAAACAUCCAACCCAUUUGGUAACUCCUUCAGAGAUAUUAUCAUUGUCUGUUACAUCCUCUGAAAAUAGUCAGGUCAAUCAAGGUAUGAAAAGGGGUGAGGUGAAGGCACAAGAUGUGGUUGUCAACAAUAAUACAGAGAGCAUCGAGGUAGAGGUUAAAGUUGUUGGUGAGUCCGGGUCAAGUCAGAAUGAUGAGUUUAAUUCCCAGAAAGAACCACACAUUCUAAUUGCAGAGAAAAAGAAGAUAUCCUUUUGCUCCCAGGCUUCAGAUCUUAGCAUGGAGAUGACCAGAGACUGCUGCGAAACUUUUGGUGUAGAGGAGACUCGGCAAGUUGAUGAUUCUUGUGUAACUGAAGUGCUAGAGCAGCCUCCGAAUGCUGGCGAGGAAGAAGUGCAAGAUUCCUCAAAAGAUGCACAUGGAAAGGUUUCGGAGUCUACUGCAGUUACAACGGUUUCACACUCUCCCGCACCAGCUAUGAAAGGGAAGAAACAGAAAAGUAAAAACUCUCUAGUAUCAGGUCCUUCUUCCCCAUCUCCAAGCCCUUUCAAUUCCACGGAUUCUUUCAAUGAGCCGGGUAUCAGUUCUGGUGUCCCUUCUACAGAGGCUGCUUUUGCACAAAUCGUUUCUAUGCAAGAAAUGCUGAACCAGCUAAUGACCAUGCAAAGAGAAAUGCAGAAGCAAUUGUCUGUGAUGGUGGCUGUUCCAGUCAACAAAGAAGGCAGAAGACUUGAGGCAGCUCUAGGCAGGAGCAUGGAAAAAGUUGUUAAGGCCAACAAUGAUGCUUUGUGGAUUCGGCUUCAAGAAGAGAAUGCAAAGCAUGAGAAAUUAGAGCGUGACCGUACACAACAGAUGAAUAGUGUCAUCACCAACUAUAUGAACAAAGACUUGCCGGCCAUGCUGGAGAAAACGUUGAAGAAGGAAAUGGCUUCUGUUGGACCGGCUGUAGCUCGUGCUAUUACUCCGGUUGUGGAGAAAACACUUUCUUCAGUUGUUGCAGAGACAUUCCAGAGAGGGGUUGGAGAUAAGGCUGUGAGUCAGUUGGAAAAAUCAGUUCAUUUGAAACUUGAAGCUACAGUGGCUAGGCAAAUCCAAGCUCAAUUCCAAACUUCUGGAAAGCAAGCUCUUCAGGAUGCAUUAAGGUCUAGCUUCGAAGCUUCAGUAAUUCCAGGAUUUGAGAUGUCAUGCAAAACCAUGUUUGAGCAAGUUGAUGCUGCAUUUCAGAAAGGGAUGGUCGAACAUGCAGCUGCAGUUCAGCAGCAGUUUGAGUCUGCACAUUCUCCAUUGGCUAUUGCUUUGAGGGAUGCAAUUAAUUCAGCAUCAUCAGUUACUCAAACCUUGACUGGAGAGAUUGCUGAUGGCCAGCGUAAGCUUUUAGCUCUUGCAGCUGCAGGAGCAAACUCAAAGGCAGUAAAUCCUUUGGUUACACAAAUAAGCAACGGUUCUUUAGGUGGUCACCAUGAGAUGGCCAUUUCUGUACAACAGGUUGAGGCACCUUUGGAUCCUACCAAAGAGCUAUCGAGAUUGAUAUCUGAACGCAAAUUUGAGGAAGCAUUCACUGCAGCUUUGCAAAGAAGUGAUGUUUCUAUUGUAUCAUGGCUAUGUUCUCAGGUUGAUUUAGAAGCCAUCUUGUCAAUGGUGCCUCAGCCUCUGAGUCAAAGAGUUCUUCUUUCCCUUCUCCAGCAGUUAGCCUAUGAUAUCAGCAAGGAAACAUCACGGAAACUGGCAUGGAUGACAUAUGUAGCUGUUGCCAUUAAUCCCGCAGACUCGAUGGUUGCAAUCCACGUGAGGCCCAUUUUAGAGCAGGUUUAUCAAAUACUCGCCCAUAACAUCACCUUACCGACUGCGACUCCAAAUGAUGUUACAAGCAUGCACAUUGUCAUGCAUAUCAUCAACUCUUUGUUGAUGGCCUGUAAAUGAUUCCUUUACAUCUGAAGUGUGCAGGAUUCUUUAGGACUUUUUUUUUUUAAGUUAUAAUUGGGGGUGUGUAGCGGGUUUGUAUAGCAAAAUAUUAUGUGGUAAUUUCUUCAGUAGGUACUUUUACUGCAUAGUCUAAAAUAUCUUGUGAUUAUGUAAAGUAGAUUUGUUUUAAGAUUUCUUGGUGGUUAAGCCUUCAUUUUUCA